AUGAGUGAAAUUGUUGAAAUAUUUCCAAAACAUGUUUUUGGUCUACGAACAAAUGUUAAAGGAAAUGUUCAAUUCACAUCUGACCAAAUCAUAAUUUAUCCCGCAGCUGGUGUAUUAGUUGUUGAAGAUUUUGUUGCAAAUACUCAGAGAUAUUUGAGAACUUUAGUCAACGUUUACGAUUCUGAAACAUUGAAAAAGUUAAAAUCGUUAAAACUUUCAUCAGAUUUCGUAACUAAAAGUGUUGGCAACUUGUGCUUUACAAAUGAUUCCAAAGGUAUCGCUGUGCUAUCAAAAGAACCAGAUGCCUUUCUGACAAUUUAUAAUUUCGAUAAAAAUGAUAGCGUUGUAACUGAGAGAGUUUCGACUAUUAAAUAUCCUGGUCGUGCAACUUUAAUCCACUGUAAUCCAAGUGACAUCUCAGUCGUUGCAGUUGGUGGAGCAAACAUGUUGAAAGUUAUGAGUAAAACUGGGAAGAGUCUCGUUCAAGUAGCAGCGAUUAAAGGAGACGACAUCAUCAUGACAUCACUUGCCUGGUUAAAUGGCGAGAUAAUUGUUGCUGGUUCCAAUGAUAUGAAACUUUACUUUGCUGAAAGUGGAGAAUUAAGAGGAAAAUAUGACAUAAGUGACCUCGAAUUCAUUGAUUUGGAAGAUCCACAAGAUUCUGAUGAAUCAGACUCAGAUUCGUGUGUUGAUGUCUCGUCAACUAAGAAAAUCUUUCCCAUUAAAUGCGUAACGAAUUUCCCUACGGGCUUUUCCUUCACCACCAACAAUUGUUGUCAUGUUUUCAGACGUUUAUCGCCUUACAAAUUUCGUAAAGUGACAUUGCUGGUCAUUCCUGUGACCACCUACGAUGAAGAACUUUAUGUCAUUAAAAACAUUUCAAUUAAUGACCAACAAGAUAAAAUUAUCGCUGCAACUGAACAUAGUCAAAUAUAUUUUGGGAAAUUAUUCGACGGCGACUCUCUUGGACUGACGAGAAUUAAUUUCGAAAUCUUCAGUGAGCCACUCCACAUCGAUUCAAUUAUUGAUUUAUCUGUUUGUUGUUGGAAGUCGAUCGUAAUGACAGCUUCGAAAGAUCGCACUGUAAGAAUUUGGAAUUACAACACAAUGAAAGUUGAAUUGCUUAAGAAAUUUUUGAUUGAAAUUUUCGUCAUUUCACUUCAUCCAUCGGGAAUGUUUGCAGCAAUUGGAUUUACAAACGCUCUUCAUUUAGUUCAGAUUCAGUUGAAAGAUUUGAAAACGACAAAAUCUUUCAAGUUUCAAAUGUGCUCCGUUCUGAAAUUCUCCAAUCAAGGCCAUUUGUUAGCAGUUGGUUGUGAGAAAGUUGUCGCAAUUAUUUCUGUGUUUACUUUUGAAACUUUGAUGAUAUUGAAAGGUCAUAUUGGCAUUUUGAGUCUUGAAUGGUCGAAGGAUGAUCGAUUUUUAGUGUCAUCAGGUAAAGAAGGUUCUGUGUAUGAAUGGGACAUCAGCAAUGGUGGUCAGAGAGUCAAUGAACUAAUUCAGAAAGGAACACUUUUCAAUUCAAUUGCUGUUUCUUCCUCGGAUCAAAAUCAUAUCUUAGCAGUCACACAAUCAUCUCAACUCUGUGAAAUCACUCAAUCACAGAUGGUUCACGAAUUCAAAGCUCCUAAAGACAAUUCACCAUUAACAUCGCUGGUAGUUUCACAAUCAAGACAAGUUUUGUUCACAGCGAAUGAUGAUGGAAACUUGUACAACGUUUCUUUGCCAUUAUCUGAAUCUAGAGUUGAAUUAUUUAUUAAUAAUCGAUUUCAUCGUAAAUCAAUCACUCGACUUUCCAUGUCUUAUGAUGAAAAUAUGUUGAUAAGUGCUGAAGAUGAUGGAACAUUAGUUUUUUGGAUAAUCAGAGAUAACAAAAGAACAAGCACAGACAUUUCUCUUGACUCAGAUAUUGGAAAUUGUGAAGAUGUCUUGAUAUCACGUCGUGAGUUAUAUGAGAAAAACAAUCUCAUUACUUUGCUUGAAACUUUGAUUAACAAUCAAAAGCCACCCGAUGACAUUUUUCAAAGUGAGAAAAUGCAAGAAAUUCAUCAAAAUUAUUGCAACGCAAUUGAAGGUUUGAAAGAACAAAAUGAAAUUCUUAAAGCAGUUCAUAACGAGCAACUCAAUGAGUUAAGUAAAACAAAAGAGAAAACUGAUCAGGAACAUGAAAAAAUGGUGGAAGACUUGGAAUUUCAAUUUAAUGAAAGAAUCAUUCAAGAGCAUGAAGUUCGGGAGAAUUUGACGCAACAAAUGGAAGACUUGAAGAUGGAAACUGAAGAAAAGUUAAGAAAGUCAAGCAAUUGUCUGCAUGAAACGAUAGACGAGCGAAAUAUUGUAAAUAUCAAAUCAGAUUACGAGAAACGUCUUAAGGAAUGUGAUGAAAAUUACAAUGAGUGGCGUGGAAAUGCAGGCAUCUUGAAGCAAGAGAACAUCAUUCUUUCUCGAGAUUCUAAUGAACUGAAGAAAGAAAAUGAACUUCUUAAAGAACAAAAAACGCAUCUUAAAGAAGUCGUCAAAUCGACUCAAAGAAAAUUUGAUGAUAUGAAACGCGACCUUGAUGAACGUGAUGAAGAAAUUCGAGUAAAAGAAGAAGAAAUGAUGGAAAUGAAUAAAAGAAUUAUUGAAUUAGAGAAAUAUAAAGAAUUUCUCACAUACAAAACGGAAGAUUUAAGAAAAGUCAUUGAAACACGAGAAGCUGAAAUUCAACUUCGCAAAGAAACCAUCAUUGAGUUGCAACGUGAUUUGGAUGUUUACCAACGUGAAAAAGUAGAAAAUGAAUUGAAAAUGUCUGAAUUAAAUGAUAAACUAUUAGGAAAAACUAAAGACUUCAAUUCAGAGCAAGUCAAAUCGAAUGCAACUUAUGAUCGUUUGAAGAAAGUUUACUUAGAUAUUCAUAAUCUUACGACUGCCAUUCACUGCUCCCCUCAGAAAAUGAAAGAAAGCGUCAAAUCAUUCCUUCAACGUUAUGGUGGUGAAUAUGACUUGAAUAAAAUGGUUGCAAAUGACAUUGAUGUUCAAAAUGAAUUUGCAAGACAACGAAAUUAUUACGAAAAUUUAUUAAAAAGAAAAUCAGCAGAAUUAAAAGCUAAAAAAUGUGACGAGACCAAAUAUGAAAAGCUUCUUAAAGACAAUGUUUCAAUGAUGUCAGAACUUAAUCGUCUCAAAAAGGAAUUAGACGUUAAUAAGAAAGAAAACAUUCAAUGGAAAUCAAUUAUUGGACUAUCGAAAGUUCAUCCAAGUGUUGCUCGUGAGAAGUUCAAAGAAGCAACGAGAGAGAAAGAAGAAAUUCACGCUGACUAUCAAGAAAUCAUUAAAAAGUUUAAAGAUAAAAUUAAAAGUUUAAAUCUUGAAAAUGAAAGUUUAAAACUUAAAAUCUCGGAAUAA